AUGGCAAGGCUUGGGGGCCCUACCCCAGCCCUCCUCGUGGGGGUGGGCGUGGCGUCGGUCUUCCUGCUGGCUCUGUUCAUGCGAAGGGUGUGGGCGCAUUCGAGGGAGAGCGAAGAGGAGCGCAGGCGUUUGAGCGCUCUAGAGCGCUUGGCCGUGCUCUCUGCAGCAGCUCCGAAAGCCAACUCGUCAUCAGCCGCAGCAACAGGGGAACUCUUCGAGGAGGCUUUGGGGGCGCUGGAGUCCAACGCUCACAGCCUGCCGCAGGCAAUCCUCCUCGACUUCUACGGGCUGUACAAGCAAGCAACUGAGGGAGACGCCACGGGCAGCGAGCCGCCCAUCUACAAGCAACGUGCUCGCGCAAAGGCUGUCUGGAAUUCUUUCAAGGGGUUGUCUACUGAGGAUGCCAAGGCGAUGUAUGUGCGACUGGCGCUGCAUAUCGGCAUAUUAAGCUCUGCACCUCCUCCCGUCCCUGCAGCAAGCAGCACUCGGGGACGCCCCCAAACGUUUGGGCCGGUACACAGCAGGCCGGUCAUGGCUAAUGAAGGCGCAGCUGCGGAUGACAGCACCCACCACCCCAGGCGGGUGCGAAUGGGGACGGAUUGGAGGCUGCCGCUAGUGUGCCUGUUUUGGAGCGCAUGCAGGUCCAAGGGAGACGCUUUCUGCUGCCAAGUCGCUUCUGGUGACACGAAGGCGGUGGAGGCAGCGCUUAGAGAAAACCGAUCUCUAGUGUCUGCUACUGGCGAUGGGGGAAUGACAGCCUUGCACUUUGCGGCGGACAGAGGCCACCUCGACAUAGCCAAGAUGCUUCUUGCGCAUGGAGCCGACGUGAAUUACCAAGAUGACUUGGGGGAAACGCCGCUGCAUGUUGCCAUCGCAGCCGAGCAAAUGGAUAUGGUUGCACUCCUUAGGAAAGCGGGUGCCAACAUGGCCCUGAAGAACAGUGACGGAGAUUCCUGUGACUCCUUGCUAAACAGCCUCAGAGACUCCCAGCAAGACGACUGA